AUUCAGGUUGUAGAGACUCUUAUAGUGUAUAUGAGCAACUUCAGCACAACUUUGAGCUGCUGUGUCUGUCUUCUUGGCUUUGGAGUGUAGUCAUUGGAAUAUAGAAGGGCCCUGAAGGAUGUCUGGUCGUGGUAAGAAGGCUGUUGCCAAAGCAAAGAGCUCCAUGACCCGUUCGGCACGGGCCGGGCUGCAGUUCCCCGUGGGCCGCGUUGCCCGUCUGCUGCGAAAGGGAAACUAUGCAGCCCGCAUUGGCACAGGUGCUGCGGUUUACUUGACUGCCAUCCUGGAGUACCUGUGUGCUGAGGUCCUGGAGCUGGCCGGCAAUGCCUCACGGGACAACAAGAAGCUGAGAAUCACUCCACGACACAUCCAACUGGCCGUGCGUAACGACGAGGAGCUCAACGCCCUGCUGGGUAGUGUCACCAUUUCGGAGGGGGGUGUCCUGCCCAAUAUUCAAGCCCAGCUUCUGCCCAAGAAGACUGCCAAAGGCCUGAAGGCCUCCUUCCAUGAUGAAGGCAAAGAUGUGCAGUCACAGGAGUUCUGAUAUGGAUGUCUUAUAGUUUUAAGGAAAUAUUAAAGUGAAUUGUUUUUUAAAUU